AUGGACUCACGGCAUUGUGGAAAUAAUCAAGAUGAUGACGGCGACGCUGACGAGGACGAUGGUGAUGAUGAUGAGGAUGAUGACGGCGACGCUGACGAGGACGAUGGUGAUGAUGAUGAGGAUGAUGACGGCGACGCUGACGAGGACGAUUGUGAUGAUGAUGAGGAUGAUGACGGCGACGCUGACGAGGACGAUGGUGAUGAUGAUGAGGAUGAUGACGGCGACGCUGACGAGGACGAUUGUGAUGAUGAUGAGGAUGAUGACGGCGACGCUGACGAGGACGAUGGUGAUGAUGAUGAGGAUGAUGACGGCGACGCUGACGAGGACGAUGGUGAUGAUGAUGAGGAUGAUGACGGCGACGCUGACGAGGACGAUGGUGAUGAUGAUGAGGAUGAUGACGGCGACGCUGACGAGGACGAUUGUGAUGAUGAUGAGGAUGAUGACGGCGACGCUGACGAGGACGAUUGUGAUGAUGAUGAGGAUGAUGACGGCGACGCUGACGAGGACGAUGGUGAUGAUGAUGAGGAUGAUGACGGCGACGCUGACGAGGACGAUGGUGAUGAUGAUGAGGAUGAUGACGGCGACGCUGACGAGGACGAUUGUGAUGAUGAUGAGGAUGAUGACGGCGACGCUGACGAGGACGAUGGUGAUGAUGAUGAGGAUGAUGACGGCGACGCUGACGAGGACGAUUGUGAUGAUGAUGAGGAGGAGAAUGGAUGGAUGGAUAGAUGGAUCGAUAAAUGGAUGGAUGGAUGGAUGGAUGAAUGCUUUGCUAUCAGUUCAUUGCUUUCAAUUUUUAAGUGUAUUAUACGCUUCCCGUCAAGAUCCAUUACAUCUGUAUAUUAUCAUGUUCCGUUAUUAAAGUGA